GCCACCCUGCACGCGUGUAUGUCAACACUGCGUAGCGCCGACUCUCGCACUACCAGGACCGCGACAAGCUCUCUCACGUACACACUUACACCGUAUUUAUCCAGAAGAUAAAAAAAAAGACAGCAAUAUCUGCUGUGUGUUUGUCUGUGUGUUUGUUGUCUCGUCUGGUGCUGCUGCUGGUGCUGCUGCUGCUGCUCUCCCUUCACCUACAGGGCGCGCUCGAGCGCGUUCGCGAGGGGUGCGCUGACCUUGACGACGGUACUUGGUGCUUCAACACUAGAAUAAAGAAAGCAAAGCUCACACUAGCGUGGGGUAUUUCUAUAUAAAUAUAUAUAUAUAUAUAUAUAUAUAUAUCAGUGAAGCGAUAAGCGUGACACUUUCUUCUCCCUCAAUCUCUGUCUUUUUUUUUCUUUUGCGGGUGUGCGUGCGUGUGUGUGUGUUUCGGUUGUUUUGUAUUGCAGUCGCGUGUGGAUUGUUGUACUCCUCUUCUUCUUUGUAUAUAAAUUUAUUUAGUUAUAUACCCCCACCUGCCCGUCUGCUAAGUGAUUUCCACUCCACGUUUAUUUUGUUAGUCGCUGUUGUUGCUUUAUCUGUUUUUGUUUUUCCUCUUUCUCUUCUCUCUCUCACCCACACACACACAACACUCCCUCAUCGACUCGCUGUUAAGAGAGAACAAGAAAGUGAGGAGUCGCGCUAACAUCGCUUUCUUACCAUUUCCUUUUCUUUCUUCUCCCGAUCUUCGUGUUCUUUUUCUUUAUCACUAUUAGUACUGUUAUUAGUAUUACUUCCUGCUAUCCUACGUGGACGUUUGGAGAGCCACAACAGCUUUUUUUGGCUUCCCUCGUCUGCUCACACGGUGUGUGUGUGUGUGUGUGUGUGUGUGUGUGUUUGGUGCAGGUGGUUUUUUUCUCCUGCAGGUUAACGAAUAUAAUAUUAAAGAGCAUAAAGAAGUUCUUCGCACACGUUUAAUUUGUUCUUUAAGAACAAGAGAAAGAGAGGUAAAGAGAAAGUACCUCUCACCGUCUCUCAGAGCCAUCGCGGUGCUUUUACUAGUAUUCCUUUCAUUAAUAAGUUUUUUCGUUUCACAUUGUUGUAACUCCUGCUCUACCGUAUUUUUUUUUUUUGGCUGCGGUGGGCGUUUUUUGUUCUUGUCUUUUCUUGGUUAAUUCCUUUGCCUGUUUGUUGCUGUUUUUCUUUUGUAUCUCUUCUGCAGGUUACCCUCCUCAAUUCUUCUUGUCGAACUAUUUCUUGCUCCUCAGCUUUGGUCUGUUGUCGUGGUCAACGGUCGCCGAUCUUUCUUUCUUCAUCCUCUUCUUAUUGGUGGUUUCUGUAUUCGUUUUUCAGUUGGAGGUUGCUGCUGCUCAAGUUGUUAGGCAACACGUAACAGGCGUGGUGAGCUGUGCGUGUCUUGUAAAGGCACUUCUCACCUCCUCACACGAGCAGAAGACGCAUACGUUAUUUUCUUCUCUUUUUUUUCUUUUCUUUUAGUAAGAAGACCGAAGAUGGGCGCCCUCCCAAGUCGAGAGUCCAACGAGGACCCCUCCACCGUCUUCUUCGCCAACUGCGGCUCGCACGUUGUCUUCCACAUUCCCAUGACACCGCACUUCUUCCCCGCGCCGGACGGACUCGCGUUUCGGCAGCUCUUCCACGCGCGGAACAACCAAUCCGCGCUGUACUGCUUUGACAUGAAAGAUGUGUCAUCAGUGCUGCCGAAGCAGGUCGCGGAGGCGUUCCGCGAGGCACAGGACGAGGACUGGGGCGAGGAGGCGGAGGCGACGGACCCGAGCGUGCACUACUACGACGAGGAGAUCAACGAGAAGAUGCGAGAAUGCGGUGCGGCGGCGAGUGCGGCGGCACCGUCGGUCGGCCGUCACUUCCGGCACUCCGUUGAAGACCCGGCGAGUUUGUAUAAGAUGCUGAUCGAGGAGCCCACCGCCGGCACCCUCGUGGACACGGAUGCGGAGAUGUGCGAGUUAUUCGAGGCGGAGCAGCGAUGGCGUGCGGCGGUGGCGCAGGAGUUCUCCAAAUCUGCCACGCCGCAGAAAACGUCAUCGGAGGAGAAGGCAAAGAACGGUGGGGAUCAAACCAGCAGCACGGCAGGCGUUUCUUCGGAUGCGGUGAGGAGUCAUCACGAGGGCGAUGAGGAGGACGGUGCGGGUGCGGGUCCCUCUACCGCCUCCUUACCCCCACCACCGAAGAAAUUCCUCUAUCCCCUCCCUCAUGCCAUCGCACUCCGCAUGACGACCGAGGAGGAGGAGGAGAUGCGAGCGGAGUACUGCCAGCUGCACAACAUCCCCUACGUCGCCCCGCACCUCCACGACGUGAAGCCCGGCUCGACGCCGCCCAUGAUGGACGCGGCGGCGCUCGCACAACUCGGCGUGCCGCGGACGUCCUCCUCGACGUGCUUUGUUGCCUGCCCCAUGCCGCUUCCUUUGCCGCUGGUCGAGCGGCGGCGCUACCACUUCGAGGACGAUCCAAAGUACCGCGACGGCCGCGUCCACCUCGUCGAGGAGCACGGUGUGCUGUACCACUUCGCGUACUUCCCAAAGAAGCGGCGCCACGACGCAGCGGCUAAGACCAGCAAUGCCGCCGCGGCAGGUGUGAAGGCGGCGGACACGCCGACCAGCACUCCGAUCGUACUCGACCGCUGCCUGCACGACGUCGUCUACAGCGAAGAACCCGACACGUCCGUCUCGAACAGCAAACAGCAUGCGGCGGCGGCGGCGGCAGCGGCCUCCUCCCCCUUCUCUUCCUCUCCUUCGGGCACGACAUCGAACGUGAAUAACGAACCGGAGGUGGCGCCGGCGAAGCGCUACGGCCGGUGUGCGCGUUGCGGGGCCCGCAUCGAGCAGCGCAUGGACUACACACAACUGCGACGGUUGAAAGCAACACGACUGCAGCGACGCGAGUUGCGGCGGGCAGAGGAACUGGCGCAGCAGCAGCAGCAGCAGCAACGACUGCACGAGAACACCAGCGGAGCGGGCCUUUCAUCGAAUACGGCGGACGACAGCGAGGACGCGGCGGCGCAACGAGCGGCCUGGGCUGCGUUUGCUGCCGCCCGCGAGGCAGAGAAGAAAAACGGUUGCCACAACGAUGAUGUCGCGGCUGCGGCGCACGGCAGCGACAGCGACGACGCGCCAGGCAGCGACAACGAUCUCGAGGUGGCCUCCCACACGGAGCGGGUCGAGGAGGAAGGCGAGGCGGAGUUUAUCAUCAACAUCGCGCCGGUGCGCAUCGCCGGCAUGGACGGCCUUCUCCCCUCCCGCACGCGCGGCACGCCGUGGCUGCGCGGGUACGAGCAUGAGGACGAAGCCGCUGCCGAUCAGUACGUGGAGCAGCUGCCGUACACGCCGCCCGUCAUGCGCAGCUGCCGCUUCAUCGACGGCUCCGUCGGCGACAAGAUCGUCAACCGCGCCACGCUUGUGACGCUGCUGUCGUACCGUCCGAUGUGCCGGCAGGCGGGGUUGAGCAACGCCCUCACCCGACCCGUGUGGUCUACGUGUGUGCUGUCGAACAUUCCGUACCUGCAGAUGGUCCGGGAGACUUUCUUCCGCGCCAAGGCAGCCGUGGCGGAGAUCGACGACAGCGACAUGCUGCUGCGCCAGUGGCUGGACGUGGUGGACCGCGAGAACAACUUCUACAACUUCAUCAACGCGAACUUGUAUAUGAUGCGCAACUUCACGCCGCCGGAGCGGACGGUGCGGCAGCACGAACCAAUCGACGAGAUGAACAGCACCAUGACGACGGCUGGGGCGGCGAGUGAUGUGACGGGUGGGUUUGGAAACGGCAGCGUCGACACAGGCCAUGGCAACUCUAUCGCCUCGUCGCCGCUGCUGCAGUGUCCAGCCGGAAAGGUGCGAAGCUUCGAGGAUGGGGCCGGACAUGCGCAGCUCUCCCAGCACAACUCAACGCACGCCUCGGCUGGCCUCAGUAGCACUCGCGAUCCGCGUGGCGAGGACGAAGACACCGCGACAUCGGCGCGAUGCAGUGAGCACGAUCCACAGCAACGGCAGCUACAACACCGCUGGGAGAACACGGGUGAUGAUGAAGCCUUUGCGGCGCUCCCUUCCACCUCUUCCCUCUGCGCGUCCGCUGUACCGGUCACCGCGACUUCUGCGAACACCCGUGCGGCAACCACAUCUACAACGAUGACAACGAUGGAGACAGCCGGUCAUGCCGGUCUCUCCACCGCGAAUUCGGCUGUCGCAUCGACCCACGCCGACGGGGGGGAUCACCACCUCCCCCACUCCGUCACGGUACACGCCAAACGCACCGGCGAUGACGACGCGGUCGCCGCCGCAGCAACGGCAGGGGUGAGCAGCGAAAACAGAACUGCGAGCACGACGGCGGUGAAGGGAAAACGAAAGCACGACGAAGACGUGGCGGUCGAGAAGAACAAUUCGAGGGGGCAGACCGGCUCGAUGAAAUUGCGCAGUCACCACCUCACGCGCGACUUGGAGGAGGCAACGAUUGGGCGGCCGGAGGGGCACGGCCCACGCGACAUCGUCGAAGAGGACUUCGAUGACGAUGACACAGGCGAGGACAACGACGGUGGUGACGAUGAUGAUCUGGACUCGGAGAGCCGCGGUGAGGAUGUGGCGCGCGGCAACGACGCGAGAGCACGCGCGGCACGCCGGAGAGAGGAGAAGCUCAAGGCCAAAGGAAGCAAGAAGAGCAAAACAAAGAAGGCGGCUGCUGCGCCGGCGACUGCGGGGGUGGUGGCAGCAGGCGACGGGGGUACGUCGCCGAAGCAGAAGGCAACAUGGCGGAGCCCGGCGACGGCCGGAGUGGCGCUGCAUUCGUUGACGUCGGACACCCCUGCUGCGGAUGUGGAUGCUGACGACACAAAUAACGAUGAUGACGGAGGUGAGGCAUCAGGCAAACCAACACCGCCUCCCGCCCCGCACACUAGCGGAGAGAACGAUGAGCGCGAGGCGGACGAAGACGCUGACUUGCGCAUGGAGGAGGAAGGGCAGGCGCGUGGAAGCAGCAAGACAAAGUACAGCAGCAGCGCGGGCACUGCCGCCAGCAACGGAGAUAAGGUUCAGAGGACGUUUCCGCUGACGGUGAACAACGAGCACGCAGGCACACACGACACGAAGAACGCGGACCAGCCGCCGCUGUCGUCGUUAACGCCGCCGCGCGUCGAGGUGCCGCCACGGCCAAAUUUCCAGCUCUUCUCCUCCCGCCUGGAGCCGCACGCGCCCCUCUCACUCUACUCGCUGUUUGACUACGACAUCAGCACGGACGCCGCGAUGGCGGGCAGUCACGCCGGCAGCCCCACGGUCGGCGCCGACCUCAGCGCGAAGGCGAGGGAGGAAGCGGCGACAUCGGCCGCGACGAACGGCGCUGCCACCGCCGAAAGUACGUUCCCGAGCUACGUGCAGCACGACGUGCUUCGGGAAAACGCGCGACGUCAGGCGGAGCCGAAGUCGAUGCGGCGGCCCAGCCAUGCCUUGUAUGAAUGCGGCAUGCUCGCCACCACGCGCGGCCGCAGCUUUUUAUUUCUCCUCCGCGAGGACUGCGUGCACGCGCUGCUGUACUACCUGUCCUCCGCCGCCGCGCCGAUCUUUAUCGGGGCCUAUAUUGAACCGGUGGAUACCACCAGCGUGAGCUAUGGAGGGGCGGUGCGACUGCAGCCGCCGAGCGCGGUGAACCUACCGCUGGAGGAAGCCGAGGGCGACGCAGCAGCAACAGUGGAGGAAGCGACGAGUGGGGUACUGCGGAACGGUGGCGACUCGAAGCAGAUGAGCGGCACCGGAAGGACGAGUAACGUUGCCGCCUCCAAGCUCGUGGAGGACGGGGGAGAGCUGCUGCAAUGCAGCGGGGCGACACACAGAAAAGGAGGCGUAGUCGAAGAACUGCGGUCCGCUGACGCGCGUCACGUGGUGAUUGGUCCGGUAGAAGGCAUGGAGGUGAUGGCGGAGUACUUCAAGAGCAAAGGGCUCAUCACGUGCUUCAGCGUCAGUGACGUGGAGCGCAUCGCACCUGGCCCCAGCGCCGCACACAGACUCCGCAAAAUGAUUUUACCCCCCUCCCACCUCCACCUCAACGUCAACAACAGCAGCAGCGGCAGUUGUUCGUCUCUGCAGGACGAAGAACACGCGUUGGCGGUCCGGCAAGCGCGGGAGGCCGCCCAGUUCGGGCACAUCUUCACGUACGCCGCACAGGAGUUCUGCGACGGCGACUUGGUGGUGUACAACUUUGACGAGCGGCGCUGGGAGCACUACGAGCACGUGCAGCUGCGACGCCGAUUUGCGUCGAAGGCGGCUGCGAUCGCGGCCGGCGGCGGCACCUUCUACGGCGGGGAGAGCCACCAGCACAAUCACAACCACAGCAGUAGCUGCAGCCCGAUGGGCCGCUCCUCCGCCGCCUCCUCGUCCUUCAACUCGACGAACGCGCUGGGGUUGAUGUCGGCCGUGGUGGGGCACGGCGAGCGCGUGCACGACGACGUUGCCGGGAUGGUGGACGGCAGCAUCGGCGGAGCCAGCUCCGUCGCCGACGCCUCCAUGUCCGCACGUCUGCUCUGCGUCGGGUUGGAUGAGCUGCUGCUGAGCUGGACGAAGUGGGUCGUCGACAACCGCUUUUACGAGGACCGCAGCGACCUGGGGUGGUUGAACCUCCCCGACGGAAGCCCGAUUCAGCUCGGGGGGCGCUACUUUGUAUGGAGCUUCCGGCACAAUCACCAGCGCUACUUCUACGGGGUCAUUCCGAAGUUCGCGAAGGGCCGCCUGCGCCGGCAGAAGUUGAUGGAGCGGAACCGGAAGAGGAAGAAGGAGGCGGGCACUCCGCGUGGCGCCACGGCGUCCGCCACCACCACCACCAGGAACAGCGCGGUGGUGUCAAUCAGCAAAGACGCAACGCUGAAGGGUCACCGGCCCGCCAAGGGGAGCACGUCGCGGUCGCCCUUCACUACACGGCAGAACGCACGUCCGCACAGCACCGGCAGUAGCGGCAGCCACCACGGUGGUGGUAGCGGCAGCAGCAGCAGACACGACAGUCUCAGCCGCACCGGCGCUGCUGCGCACACAGACCCUCUUCAGCUGAGCACCGGGCUUUCUUCUCUGCAGAGCGGCGGCGGCGGUGCUGCUCCCAUGCAGACGCCCAUGCCUCCCCAAGGGUCGCCUGGUGGGUCAUGGAGUCCGACCGUGUUCUCCACCUCCGCUGUGAAUGCUGCAGCCUACGCAUCGCAGCAGCAGCAGCAGCAACUCCCACAGCAAGCGAGCUACAUCAACGCAUCAUCGCUGGGGCAGCUCAGUGAUGGCCUCGACUACGAGGAGGCUCCGUCUGCAACGCCGUCGUCGUCGGGGACGUUGCGGCAGCGCGGCUUUUCUCACGCCUACGGACUCGACUCCCGACAGCAGCAGCAGCAGCAGAUGCCCGCUUCUCACUCGCAGGCCCUCUACCCACCGUGCGAGCCCUCGUGGACCGCCCCUUCACCUCAUUACACCAGCUCCCCUGGCGUAGCACCAGCGCCGGUAGCAGCGAGUAGAAACAGCAGCUUCCCGAGUGUGCGAGUUGGCACCAACGUAGCUGGUCCACCGCCGCCUCCGUUGCAGAUGAACAGCGCCAGCUCCAACUCCGCCCCUGGUGCUGCUACUGCUGCUCGACGCGCGCCACUGCUGGGUCCGCCGCCCUCGCAGCCCUUCGGCAAACGUCAUACCCCACGCAGUCCAUCGCUCACGUCUCACGCGCAGUUCUCGUCUGCAGGGGCAACGGGCAGUGGUGUGGGCGGUCCGAACUACUACUACCAAUACGGCGGCAACACGUUCAUACAGGAUGGUAAGCGGCACGAGAACGAGUACUACCCCCCGCUGCCGCCGAACACGCCCUUCCACCCCGCCCCGCCAGCGGCCAACGCGCAGCUCGUACCGCUGCCUCACCCACAGACGGAGCGCGGCGGCAUUCCCGCUAUUUUUCGAUACUGGGGGCCGAUGGGUCAUCCUUCCUCGUCGCGCAGCAGCACACAGGCUCGGCCCGCGAUGCCGCCCCCCUUUGCGCAGUCACAACAGCCGCUGUCGUCGCGCGGGGGUCGACCAGUCUUCCAGCCCGGCUCGGCCCCCUGCAACAGCAGCAACUUUGGGGUGAGUGCCAGCUCGCCGGCUGCCAGCGCCGCGGUGGUGGUGUCCGUCGGAGGCAAUCCCGUAACGGUGCGGGUGCGGCGACGCGGUGCGAGCACGGCGGCGGCGGUUCCGUCCGGCCCCUCGUCCUCUUCGCUGCCGGUGUCCGUUCCGACGAUGGAGCUCGGGCCGGCUCCGUCGUCGUCCUCUGUAGCAGCGGCAGGGGUGAUGAACAGCUCGCUGUCCAAUGCAGGUGCCGCCAGCUUCCCUGCCACGCCGCUGUCGAAUGAACAGUCACCGUCGCACUUCGUGGGUGGUGCGGGGCCGCCUACUGCUCAAUCAGCCACCAUCACAACAACAGCAAUGGCAGGAGGAGGAGGCGUCAUGCCAGCCAGCGCGCCGUCGGUGGCUGUACCAGCACCAACAGCCACCGCCACAGCAGCAGGUGCGGGGGCAGUUGUUGGCGGUUCUCUCACCGCGCCGCCGCCGCGCCGGCUCUCCCCGACGAGUAUGCUGCCGGCCAAUCUAAUCAACGAAGGCUCCAAGACGAAAGGGGAGUCGCUGCUGCGGGGGGAGGAGGACACGUACGUGCAGCGGCAAGCGUUUCGGUGGAACCCAUACGCGUCGCGGAAGUGGGUUGCCGGCCCGCAUGACGCGGAAGGACCAGGAGAAUAA